CGCUAGCCACUGGCAGCCCAAUCGCAAACCCGGUUUCUCCCUCAACGUCACAUGUUCCCGGAUUUCCCUCUUGCUGCUUGCCCAGCUGCAAAAAGCAAAUCACAGACCACAUAACAACAUCACCCGUCCGUCUCCCACCUCUCUCAGCCCAGCCAACGACAACAACAAUCACAAGCCGUCCAUCUGACACCCUUCAGCCACUUGCAGCGUGCCUGAAGAUCUCUCUCUCACGUCGACUUGAAACAUUUCCCCUCUCCUCUAUCGCUCACGAUCCCAUCAAGAUGUCUUCCUACGCAGACGUCGCCGCCUCUGGCCCCAAGCAGACCCCCGAGGAGGCCGCCGCCCCCCAGCCCCCGCAGAUCAUCCCCGACGAGUCCGUAACGACCUCGACAAGCAGCCUGGUCGACGUGGACUCGCAGUCCGUGCGCACCGUCCCCUCCGACUUCAUGGAGCAGUCGAUCCAGACCGACACGCAGGCGGCGCGCAUCGAGCGCGAGGAGCAGGCGAAAGAGGAGGCGUCCGCCCGCGAGAAGGCCCGCCAGAAGAAGGAGGCCGCCCGCAAAAAGGCCGCCCGCGCCGACGGCUGGCUGCUCUCCAAGGUCGCGGAGCUGUCCGAGGGCCAGGCCAAGGGGCUCGCCGCCGCCAACGUCGCGCUUGUCGUCGGCCUCGGCGCCGUGCUGGGGUACAAGGCGUGGGGCCUGCACGAGCGGGGGCAGUUCAGCUGGAGGACUGCUGGGAUCGGGGCUGGGAUUGUUGGGGUUGUUGGGGUUGUGGAGGGGGUUUUUGGCCGAUACUUCACCAAGGCCCGUGGAUCCAAGCGCUCGUAGGGUGAGCGGACGCCGGGGGCAGGCAUUGAUCUCUUCUCGUUCAUGAACUGAGUGUUAGGGGGGGGUGCGCGUGGCCAUUGAUGUGACGGGUUUGCGAAUGAUGGACGGACGACACAGACACGAGAGCAUUCUCUUCUCUGGAGUUAGUUUGAUGCGUGGAGUUUUUGAGUUCUUUCAUCUCUUGUUACUUUUACUGCUCUUCUAGUCUUGGUCCGUAAUGGCCCACGCAUUGCCGUUCGCCCGUGUUGGUCGGUCAUGGUGGGGGAAAGCCCCUUUUUCUUCUUGACGUUACGUUCAGGCAGAUAUACCACAUCAACCAAGCAAGCCCUUCUCCGAGUCCCUUCAUGAAGUUCCGAUUGAUGUUGCCCUGCGCGGAGAGCAGGCAGGGCAGGCACAAGCCGAUACGCGAUAGUUGGUCAAAAGGCUGCUUGCUAGCAGUCAGUCACCUUCGUGCUAGCCGAUCCAUGUGAGGCCCAAGCCUGCCAAUUGUGGUCAACGGCACCUCGGAGUGAAUCCGAACUCAAGGGGCUCCCUCCAGCCCUGCUGUGGAAAAGAACCCGGACAGCGGUCCCGCACGGGCACGGGCCAGUACUGUGCCUAUCUAACUCCUGCAUUUCCACAACGGUCAGGGUUUGGACUCUAGGCGUCUCGUGGAGGCAACUAGGUAGUUAGUAUGUG